AUGAACCAGCUGUGCAAAGUCUGCGGCGAACCAGCGGCUGGUUUUCAUUUUGGCGCCUUCACCUGUGAGGGUUGUAAGUCCUUCUUUGGCCGCACCUACAACAACAUUUCCGCCAUAGCUGGUUGCAAGAACAACGGAGACUGUGUGAUCAACAAAAAGAAUCGUACCGCCUGUAAAGCCUGUCGUCUGCGUAAAUGUCUGCUGGUGGGCAUGUCGAAGAGUGGUUCGCGCUAUGGCCGCAGAUCAAACUGGUUCAAAAUACACUGUCUGCUGCAAGAGCAGCAAACAAAUGCGGGCAACUCCCAACAAAAUCCCAAUGCCAAUAAUUUAGAACAACUGGCGAGGCUGCAUCAAAUACAUGCGCGGCAAACCUAUCAAGACAAAACAAAUCCCUGCAUUAAAUCGGCCAUAGGACAGCAACAGGCCACCCUAACGAUACCAGCCUCGAAUGCAGCAACGCCCAAUAGUUUGUCUAACUUUCUUAAUCCCGCCAAAUAUUUCAAUGGCAAUGAUGCAGCCACCCACAAGACCAACGAAUCCCGCCUCAGUGAUACACCCAGUGAUUCGGGAGCCUCCUCGGCCGGAGAUCCUACCGAUGAUUGCACCAGCAAUAAUAGUAUACGUCAACACAGUCAUCAUCAUCACCAUCAUCAUCAUCAUGCGCUGGCAGCCAUGAAAAAUGAGCGCAACUGCAGCUCAGCCCAUCAGUCAUUGAACGAUAGUAAUGGAGAUGAAGACUCGGAUGAAAGAGAGCGCAGACGACAGCAGUUUUUGCAAAUAUUUCGUAGUCAUUCGGAGCCCCUAAGUCCAUUUGCACCAUUCCAUUUCACACAAUUGCCACCACCACCGCCUGCAGUUACAGCGGGGACACCGCCUGGCUUUAUGAUACCAGCGGUCCUGAAAAAUAGCAACGAAAGUCUGGUUAAGCAGGAGGAGCUGCAAGAUGAGCCCAUAGAUUUGUCGGUUAAGUCAAGGCAUAGUCAUACACCCGAGAGUCCACAAAAGAGUUUGAGUCCGGAAUUAAAGGAAACCAACAAUGAACCUGUCAAUGUAUUAACAAAAACCACACCAUUGGAUUUGACUUUGGUGAGAACAACGCAAACGUUAACGGGGUGA